AUGGCGGCAAAGACUCAAAAAUCUCAUAAUGAGUACACGAUAGGAUGGGUCUGCGCGCUUCCCAAGGAGCAAACGGCGGCCAUAGCGAUGCUGGACGAGAGACAUGAGAACCUUCCACAUCCCGCGCAGUCACGCGACGAUAACUCUUACGCAUUGGGGUCCAUUGGGGUACAUAAUAUUGUUAUCGCGUGCCUGCCGAAAGGCAAAAUUGGUACCGUUUCCGCCGCCGGUGUUGCGUUACAUAUGAUUCAUGCUUUUCCAAAUAUUAAGUUUGGCCUUAUGGUUGGUAUCGGUGGUGGUAUUCCGAAUAAAGGGAAAAUUAGGCUUGGUGACGUGGUAGUUGGAACGCCUACAGGUCCGUUUCCGGGGGUAGUCCAAUGGGAUUUUGGGAAGACGACUCGAGGCGGUGAAUUCGAGAGGACCGGAGCGCUUAAUAAUCCUCCAAACUUCAUUUUGACGGCUUUGGGGAGGUUAGAGACGGAACAAGAGCUGAGCGGGUCUAAGGUAUCGGAAUACUUGGAGCAAAUGAUAGUCAAGUUUCCGAAACUUACGAAGUAUGUAAAGUUGGAGUCAUUUGAAGAUGUUUUGUUCAAGUCAAGUUAUGACCACAGAGAUAAACCUGAAGAUGCGGGUGAAGUGGACGAGGGAGAUGAGGAGGGGAGUGAUGAUGAAGAGGAAGAGGAGGAUGAGGAGGAAGAUGAAGAGGAGGACACCUGCCGGCAUUGCGAUAAGUCAAAGAUAGUGAAGAGGAAGGCCAGAGACAUGCGAGUUCACUUCGGCCUAAUCGCGUCCGGAAACCAAGUUAUCAAAGACGCCAAGUUUCGAGACGAUCUCAAUAAAGCUCUUGGUGGCCAAGUGCUCUGUGUGGAAAUGGAGGCAGCAGGGCUUCUACACAAUUUUCCGUGUAUCGUUAUCCGGGGUAUAUGCGAUUAUGCGGACUCGCACAAGAAUAAAGUUUGGCAGGAACAUUCCGCCGCUGUGGCUGCGGCGUUUGCGAAGGAGCUUCUGGGAUAUGUGCCUGCCAGCGAUGUCGACGGAGUAGGCCCGGUGAAGGAUAUAAUUAAGAGUGUUGCCAGGAUUGAAGAGAAAAUUGAAAAAGUGCAUUAUAGAUUAGAUAGAAAGGAUGACCUUGAGGUCCUUGACUGGCUUACACCGAUUGACUACACUAGUCAGCAAACCGACUACUUGAAUCAAAGACAGCAGGGAACCGGCGAGUGGCUGUUAAACUCUACGGGGUACAAGAAUUGGCUCACCGCAGACACCAGAAAGAGAGUACUAUUUUGCCCAGGAAUUCCUGGAGCAGGAAAGACCAUCCUUACGUCAAUCGUCGUUGACGACCUGACCACCCGGUUUUCCAAAUUGAAAAUUGGUCUCGCGUAUAUCUAUUGCAAUUUCAGAAGAAAAGAUGAACAAAAAAUCCAAAGCUUACUCGCAAGUCUGCUAAAGCAACUAGCCUUAACAUCGACCCAAGCAGAUCUGCCAGAAGCUGUGAAAGAAAUGUAUCAACGUAACACCGAAAAGCGUAUGCGGCCAUCAAUUGACGAUAUCUUCAGAGCUCUCCAGUCUGUAUCCAAAGAGUAUGAGAGAGUCUUCAUCAUCGUUGAUGCUCUUGACGAAUGCCAGACAUCGAAUAACUGCCGCGAGAUUUUCCUUUCAAAGCUUUUUCAACUUCAAUCAAAUUGUGGUACAAACCUCUUUAUAACCUCUAGGGCUCUCCCGGAGAUUAUGAAGAAAUUCGAUAGCGUCGAUGCCGAGGUACUCGAGGUCCGUGCACACAAGGAGGACGUGCGAAACUUUUUGGAGGCUCAGAUAUCAAGCUCUGGGGAACAGUUGUUAAUAGAUUGCCGUGAAGAGAUCAAAGACGAGAUUACAAACGUCGUUGAUGGAAUGUUCCUUCUCGCACAACUUCACUUUGAAGCCAUAAAAACCAAAACGUCACUCAAGAAAAUGAGAAGCGCGUUGAAAACCCUUUCAGCGGGCGAAAAAGCAUACGACAAUGCUUACGAAGACGCCAUGGCAAGAAUUGAGGCCCAAAGCGAUGAUUUCAAAGACCUAGCAUAUCGUGUCCUAUGGUGGAUCAUCCGCGCAAAGAGACCGAUCAAUACCGCAGAACUACGGCACGCACUUGGGGUCGAAGUUAAUGAAUCAAAAAUCGACGAAGAGAAUUGCCCCGAGAAUAUGAAAAUGGCUUCCGUCUGCGCCGGAUUAGUGAUGGUUGACGAAGAAAGCCAAGUAAUUCGGCUGGUGCAUUACACAACGCAGGAGUAUUUUGAACGGACGUGGACAAGAUGGUUUUCCGAAGCCGAUAGGAAUAUUGCGGAAACAUGUGUUACCUAUUUAUCCCACGAUAUUUUCAUGAAGGAAGGCCCGACUCGAAAUGACGAGGAUCUGGAAGCGAGGUUACAAUCAAACCCUCUUUAUGAUUAUGCAGCAAACCACUGGGGAUACCACGUCCGCAUAUCCCUCAUUGGGAAUACUCCGUUGGUAAUGACAUUUCUCGAGAGCAGAAAUGCAGUACUGGCUUGCAGCCAGGCGAUGACAGCUCCCAUAGAAUCCUACGAUAUCGAAAAAUUCGAAGGAUGGACGGGAGUACACCUCGCGGCAUACGCUGGAGUGUACGAAUCUGUUGUAGGUAUGCUUGACAAGGAAGCGGUUAUAGAUGUUAAGGGCGGGGACGACCAGACAGAUUCGCUACCUCCAGUUAAGACAUCGGGGCAGGUGAAAGCGAAACCGCCUAUAAAUAUGGAGAUUAAAGAUGGAGACGGCCGAACACCACUAUCACUUGCCGUGGCAUCGGGCCAGGCAGCAGUGGUGAAGUUUUUGAUAAACAGAGGCGCAGAUCUGGAAGCCAAGGACAAAAGUAACCGAACGCCGUUAUUGCUGGCAGUAGUACACGAACGCGAAGAGGCGAUAGAGCUACUAAUAGACGGAGGCGCAGAUUUGGAAGUCAAGGAUAGGAGCGGCCGAACGCCAUUAUUAUUAGCCGUGUUAUAUGGGCGACAGACUGUGCUGGAACUUCUGAUAGAAAAAGGUGCAGAUCUAGAAGCCAAAAACAAAGACGGUCGAACACCAUUAGGUUUAGCGAUAGAGGAAGGGCAUGAAGCAAUGGCGAGGUUUCUGAUAGAUAAAGGCGCCAAUCUGGAGGUUCAGGAUAACGACGGCCAAACUAUAUUAAUACUAGCUACGCUACACAACCGCAAAGCAAUGGUGGAGUUGCUAAUAAACAAGGGCGCAAAUCUGGAAGCUACGGAUAAACGCGACCAAACCCCAUUAUAUAUAGCCGCAUUCGAAGAACAUCACGAGGUAUUGAGCCUCCUGAUGGAUGGAGGCGCAAAUCUAGAGACCGAAGAUGGUUGCGGUCAAACGCCGCUGUCACUGGCUUCGGAGCAAGGGAGUGAGGAAGUAGUAAGGUUAUUGAUGGAUAAAGGUGCGAACCUAGAGGCCCUAUGGGAUGGCCAAACAGCAUUAUGCCUGGCUGCGGAGAGAGGGUAUGAGGCGAUAGUAAAACUGUUGAUAGAUAGGGGUGCAGACCUGGAGGUCCAGAAUGACGACGGUAUGACACCUCUCUGCCUGGCUGCAAAAGAAAACCGCGAGGCGGUAGCAAGGUUACUUAUAGAUAAGGGAGCAAGUCUGGAAACCAAGGAUAGAGAGGAACGGACAGCGCUAUCUGUGGCUGCACAAGAUGGAAAUGAGGAAGUAGUAAGACUACUUAUCAGCAAGGGCGCAGAUCUGGAAACUGAAAAUGAAUUCGGCCAGACUCCAUUAUGUCGGGCAGCAGGAGUAGGAUGGGACAUGGUGGUCAAACUAUUACUAGAGGCGGGCGCAAAUGCCGAUGCUAGGGACGAAGAUGGUGCUACUCCUUUAUGCCUGACCGCCGAGACAGGAUGUGAAGAGGUUGCAGUACUAUUGAUAGACAAGGGUGUGGAUCUAGAGGCUAGGAACCAAGAUGGCCAGACACCAUUAGCGCUAGCCGCAAAAAAUGGGCGUGAGGCGGUGGUAAGGCUGUUGAUAGAUAGAGGCGCGAACAUUAAGUCUAAGGAUGAAGACGGCAGGACACCGCUACGACUAGCUGAAAUGAACAGGUAUCAGACCGUGGCAAUUCUGUUGAAGGAUGCGGCGAUGGGAGCGCAAAUGUAG